AAGUGGACAUGCUGUCCUAUUUCUGGAGCGCGCCUCAGGGCAAUGCGGUAGCAACAUUCGCGCGCCUGCUCCCAUUCUGGUCCGCCCCAAACGCCAAGCAGCAGGCAGAGUGCCAGACAACGCCUGCUCCCAUUCUGGUCCGCCCCAAACUCCAAGCAGCAGGCAGAGUGCCAGACAACGCCUGUUCCCAUUCUGGUCCGCCCCAAACUCCAAGCAGCAGGCAGAGUGCCAGACAGCGCCUGCUCCCAUUCUGGUCCGCCCCCAACUCCAAGCAGCAGGCAGAGUGCCAGACAGCGCCUGCUCAGACCAGAAUGGCGGCUCUUUUGGAAUCGCUGCUGCAGAAGGAAGUGGAAGCUAUCAAGGCCGUAGAAUGGCUAAAACACGACGGGGACAGUGACAGCUUGGCAUGGUGUAAACCACUGAAGAUUGAGAGACAGGAGUUUGUUCCUUUCCUGUUGAACUUCCUGCGAGAGCAGAGCUGCUCUGCCCUCACCCAUGGCCCUGCCACACCCGCCAAGACCCCCAGCCACCCCAGGGUCUCCCAGCCCUCUCAGCAGGGGCCAGGCUUCUCCAGUGAGCGUAGGGGGGGCUGCAGAUCUACCGGACCUGGAACCGGUCCUCGUAGCGCCAGCCGUGUCCAGCUAUUCUCCACUCCCUCCCUGUCCCCUGGGGCUGAGUGGGAUACUACCCACCCCCCAUCUGGCUCCCACUGCCUGGGUGGGAUCAGUGCCCUGAGUAGUCCUUCCUUCAGCUCAGCCAGGAGCCCUGCUUCAGCCUCCACCUCCAGGCACACUCCCUCAGAGCGCCGCUCUGCCCAGAGAGCCAGUUUGGGGGAUUUCAUGCUGUCACCUCCAGAGCUCCCGCACCAACCCCACCCCAGUCUCAGCCUGGGGGUCCAGCAGCAGACGCGUGGCCGCAGGAGGAGUGCCGGGAUGGGAGGGCAGGGAAGGCAGGGUGGGGGGCGUGGUGUGUUCCAGACUGAGGAGGUGGGGCCAGGAAGAUCUGAGGGUGGUGGGAGGAAGGGAAGGGGAGGAGGGGCUAAUAAAAUGGGUGACCCAGCUGUGUCACCUCCAAUGGCUCAGAUGACAACGCUGGUCCAGCUCAACCUAACCAAUCUGGAAGACUUCCCACCUAUGGGGAUGUCGCAUGCAUCACCACCACUGCAUACAAAACCAUCUCGGAGGAUCAACCCAACCCCAGUCAGUGCGGAGCGGCCUCACUCCAGACCGAAGACAUGUUUCACUUCCACCCCGUUCAGCACCAGGCCCUCCAGCCCUCCCCCAGUCCCAGAGGCAGUCACUGGGGCCAUCGAAGGGGGCAUCACUGGGGCCCUGAACGUGGGCAGCCCCCCUCUCAGUCUGCAGGAGGAGAGAGAACUGCUAAAGAGAGUGAAGUGUAAACGAGCCCAGCAGGUGGGCUCCCCUCGACCCACCUCUUUGGACCCCUGUACCCCUACCAAAUCAGGGCUCCGGUCGAUAUCAGGCUCCAAAAUGACCCCUGACACCCAGGGGUCGUGUCCUGACCCCUCUAAAGUCACCUUGACCUCUGAACUGGACCUUCUGGCUGACCUCUACUGCACCUGCAUCUCUGAGAACCUAGUUCCCAACGUGUUCCUGGAGCUGUUCUUUGUGCUGCAGCUUCUGACAUCUAGAACACCAGCCGUCACAGAGGAAGAAGACAAGGAUCUAAGUAUGAGGAAGUUAGAUGUCCUGGAAAGAGGUUACCUCAGCAAGGUGCACAACUGUGUCUACUUCUCUGUCAGGGUGCUGGAGAAUCAGUUUGAGUUGGUGUCUCACCUGGAUAAAGACACCCUGCGUCUCUUGGCUGAGAACGAGAGAGUGGCCUGCUUCUCUCCAUCCCUGAGGAACAGACUGACCCUGGCCCAGGACGCCAGCACAGCCAAGGUCUCGCCCUCUGUGGACACCUUCAUCCACUCUGUCCCGUUCCAGCCUGCCACUGACAACCGCUCCAACUUCAGCAGUGACAAGGCCUUCCACACCUUCAAGAAGCAGAGGGAUAUUUUCUACGAGGUGCUGCGAGAGUGGGAAGACUUCCACAAGGAACCUAGAUGGGAGUUUGAAGCUGCACUAGGCAGUAGGGUCAGAGGAAUGGUGAGUCAACUGAACUCCACUGGAAACCACUCCCAUUUCGCCAGACUCUUCCUCAAGCAGUUGGUGCAGAUGUGUAAAGGUCCCCGUGCUCUGGGCUCCCCGGGCGACACCCCCGACGCGGACCUGCUAGGCAUGCUGGGAGCAGACAGCCUGGGGCGUCUAAAGCGUCUGGAGGAGCGUCUGAUCCAGCCCCAAGGCAUUCUGGGACCCUGUCCUCCACCUGCCUUCCCAGGACACCAGGAGUUCUUCAGGGACUUCUUAAAGACCGCAAGCUGCUGCCAGCUGAACCAGCACCUGAAGGACAGUCUGUGUCAGCAGCUCCUCCAGCUUGACGAGGUGUCCGUCCUGGCCCCUGUGGUCUCCACUACAGAGGGAGAGGGAGACAUGGAACAACAAGAUGAGAAGCAGCGUUUCUCCUCUGUCCUGCUAUUGGCUCGUCUUCUAGCUAAGUUCCUGGGUUAUAUCUCCUUCCUGCCGUACCAGACCUCUGAGAGGCCCUCCAGGGAGAUACAGGAGGCUACUGCCACCCUCCGCAGCAAGAGUAUGUCUGUGCUGGAUGUGUGUGCAGUCCUGCGUAGCUGUGUUCGUAGGAGACGGACCAUCCUGACUGUGCCCUGGCUGGUGGAGUUCCUCUCCAUGCUGGACUUCACCGGUCCCUUCCUCCUCUGCUACAGGACCGUUCUGGGACUGCUGCUCGGCCUAUACAGGCGGAUGGUGCUGUCUAGAGAAGGAGAGGUGUGUUACCUGAAUCAGCUUCUCAUGGUGGCUGUACUGGGCUGGCUGUUCCAGAUCCCAGUGAUCCCGGAGGAGCUUUUCUUCAGUACUGACUUCACUGUAGAUGUUGAGCUAGAGGAGAGCCAGACCAACGUCCAGGGACUUGACUGUCUCCCCCUGGUGGACCAACAGCUCCUCUACACCUGCUGUCCUUUCCUGGGUGAGUUCCGUAAGCUCCUCGCUGCCUUUGUGGCCGGUAGCUCUGCCAGGGGUGGAGGCCUCAUCCGUAAGAUCACCCCUACCUCUGCUGAGCUGAGAGGAACCCCCAUUAUCACCAGGUCACAGCAAAAACUUCAGGUGGAUUUGGAGCAAGCCUUCUUCCAUAACCAGCCUCCAUCGCUCAGACGAACGGUGGAGUUUGUAGCUGAGAGGGUGGGAUCCAACUGUGUCAAACACAUGAAGGUCACGUUGGUGUGUGAGCUGGUCCGUGGUGGAGAGCGGUUGCUGAGGGAGGGGCUGAUCUCACCAGGGGCCAACCCUCUGAUACUCAACGACUCCAUCUGUGCUCAGCUCUGUGACGGGGGUCAGGAGGCUCUGGAGAGAGCUACCAGGUUUUGCAGUGAGAAGGGUCCAGAAGCCAUCCGAGUUCUUCUUCCUGACGAGACGUCUCCCGCCGUUCUCACUACGUCUGAGAACAUCACCAAGCGCCUGGCCACUGAGAAGGCCUGUAGCUGGCUCUCCUCCAACAUCACAGCCCUGGUCAAGCGAGAGUGGAAAACAAAGUUUGACCGUGUGAUGAAGUCUCUUCCCAGCCCAGAGGCUAGUGGUAUGGAAGGUUCUGGCUCUGGUCUUGGGGCUAAAGCUGGAGCUGUAGCAGUCACCCAGGAGCAGUCACGUACCCCAAAACGGGACAUGGGCAAGGAGGAGGCUGGGACGUCCUGCCCUCCAGACUGCCCCCACAGUGCACCACUACCAUCUGAUGUCCUGGUAGAGAUUAAGGAGGUGUUGAGUAUUGCAGUAGGCCCCAGGUCUGAAAAGGAGGUGCUGACUUGUCUACAGCUGAAUGCUCUACUGGGCAAAGUAGGAGACGCACUGAGCUGCAAAAAGUUCUCAUUCCCAAUGCCUGAACAGAUGUUGAUACGCUGCACCGUCCUACUAGCCUGUAAACUAGUUUCAGGGGAGCUGCCCGUGGCGUCCCCACAGGAGGAAUGUGGUAGGACAGUGUCUCCUGGUAGGACAGUGUCUUCUGGUCCAGUACUACCGGGCUCCACAGUCCAAAGGGUAGGCUGUUCAAUCAAAGUCCUGCUGGAGCAGUUGAUCCUCCUGUGGGGGAGAGACUGUUGUUCAUCAGCCCCCCUCCACCUGCUCUUCACAGAAAUGACACUCAGUGCUGUCCUCAUGGCCAGCGACUCACAGUGGGACAACUUCCUGUUCCUGGUCAGACAGCUGGUAGAGCGGGGGAUUCUGGGAGAGGAAGAAGUGGUCUCUCAUUGGAGGAAGCUGUCACAGUUACCCUGGCCAACGGAAUUCAUAGGGAAGAUCCAGCAGCAGUCGUCUUCCACCACAUCCCUUCCUCUGCCUGAGCUUCAGAACCACAUGGACUUGUUUCAGGUCUCACCCGUAGAGGGAGCCAACUAACCAUCUAGACAAAAACCCAUGGCUCUGAGAGACACAUGCUCUGUUGGCCAACACUGCCCAGUCUGUUAGAAGACAUAUGUCACUGACAGGUGUAGCUGAACUCUACUACUCUGGCCAGUCAGUCCAUAGUGCCGUUCUAGGUUCCUGAGAUGUUAAACACACACAGACCAUGUUGAGAUGAACCGCCAUUGUGUACAGAACAGGAGACAAUCACCUGGAAUCACUCAUCUAUCUGUACAGCCAGCCACAGUCAGUUCAGACUAAGCCCUAGCCUCAAACAUCGUUAGGGUUAGGGCCAAAGGGAUGUGGUAGGGAGCGAGUUGGGACCGGCUGACACUGUCCUGUUUAGAGGUACACAUGGGAACCAAAAAGUCCUGCUGCUCAGGACCAGUGGUGGAGCCAUAGGCCAGGGGGAAGGGUGUACCAGAAGGCUGAGAACAAGGGGUGCAUAUCAAUAAGAAAUUAACUAACUUAGACAGACACUAGUAAAUCAAAAAUGGACAACAAAAACAUGAGAACCCAAUCCCUAAUCGACCCCUACUGCCCUAGACAUAUGUAGGUCUGAAAGGAUUAUAGUAGAUACUGCAUGUGUCAGCAUUCAGCAAUAGUGCGUAAGGGCUGGCUGGGGGAUGAUUUGGUAUUGGGCCAAGGAAUUUGUCAUUUAUAAAUGUUCACAGAUAAUGUAGCCAUAUGUAUUUGUGUUAUACUCUGAGUAAGUGCUUCUGAGACUUAACACAAUGCCUUUAACCGUCACUUGUGAGUUCGUGUGUUCAUGGAUGCUUUCUGUGCAUUUGUAAUAAUGUUUAGUUCACGUUGGACUUAAUAAUGGUACUAUGAUUGUCUGCUGCUUUUAAACUUUACAUUUUUGCAUGCUGCCUGUCACAUAUUGAAAUAUAAUAAAGAUGUAUUCUUUGGGACUAAA